AUGAUCGACCUCUACGGAGUGGACCAGUCACCGGCUGUUCACGUUGCUGGUUCGGAGAAAUUGAUCUCAAUGCGUCUAAGUAGGCUAGGCGUGAGACAAGUGAAACCGAAACCGUCUUCGCCGCUCACCCAGAGGCAACCUAAGCGUGGGGAAUACACGAUUGUUACGGCGGACUCCAGCGAGAACUGCUCGAUUCCACGUUUCUACGACUUUCAAGAUGAAUUGAAAGUCCUCAAGCAGCAACCGAAGCCACACGUGAAGUUGGAAGAUCUUCGUGGACAAUGGAUGCGAGGAAACGAAUUGGAUGUGAGAAGUGCUGGGACCCGAACAGUAGACGCGAAGACAGAUCAGAUAAAAUAA